CGACCGCGCGACGAAGCGUGCUUUGCGACUCGGAGCGCGGUUCACUCCGGUUCAGUGCGGCGAAGUUGGCCGAUAGGCGUGCGUGUGCGCGUCCUGCAGGUCCUGCACUCGCGAAGUUGGAGAUCGAAAAGACGUUCGGCCGGAAAGGGUAGAAUUGUGGCGCGUGUAGUUUACACAUUUCUACUGAAUUCUCUGAUUCCCGGCUAAUCCCGGUCCCGGUUAUCAAGAUUCUGCGACACACGUUCCGUGCGAUCAGGAGGAUGACGACGGCGGUUGACAAGGAAGAAGCGCGGAAGCGCCUGACGCCGCUGCAGUGGCAUGUGACGCAAGAGAAGGGCACGGAGAGGCCGUUUACCGGUUGCUACAACAAGUUCUACGAAAAGGGAACGUACACCUGCGUCGUGUGCGAACAAGAACUGUUCUCCUCGGACACCAAAUACGACAGCGGAUGCGGUUGGCCUGCAUUCAAUGAGGUUCUGGAUCAAGGCCGCAUCAAACUGACCAAAGACACCUCUCAUGUCGGCGGCAAUCUACUACUGCUGAUCGCAAACCCAGAUAUGGUGCGGACCGAGGUGACCUGUUCGAAAUGUGAUGCACACCUGGGGCACGUGUUCAACGACGGGCCGAAGCCUACGAGGAAGCGUUUCUGCAUCAACUCCGCCUCCAUAAGCUUCCACUCGGCGGGAGAGGAGAAAUCUACGUAAAAUCAGCAUGCGCGUUUAUUACAUUCUAUAUUUUACUAUAUAAUAUUUAUAUAACGAGAGUUAUAAGUCUCGUGUUAUAAAUGUUAAAAUACCUCCGUUUUAUUUAUGUGUUGUAAAAAGAAAUAAAGUAAUAAUAAUUAUCGCCGAGAUAAAUAGGCUGUCUGUAAAGUGAAUUUAUUAUUAUAGAGAAUAUUUAACGUUUUAUUACUGCUGACGAUGUGCUUUUACCAAACGUUUCUACGUUGUUUACUACAUGCGAUUGAUUGUAACGUUCGAUUGUAUAUGAUUUUCGUAAUAUAUUCGCAAAAAUACUCCUUUCUAUAUUAAAGCGUCUACGCAAGUUAAGAAAUAUACUGUUGAUGCGACUAUAAAGCGUUUCCGACCGACAUUUCACUCGCGACGAGAAACUAAUUCCGUACUAUCAGUUCUCUUGAAUCUCAUUGUGUACUCUCUACUUUCGAUAUUACAAACGUACAUGUACAUAUCCGUAUCAAAGUGUAAAAAAGUAUAGCACCCACGCAGGAUGUAUGUAUAUCACAUGAGAAAGCGUGAUACUGGACAGAUUGAUAGAAACGUCUAAUUGAGAUAUUAUUUUUUCAAUGAACGCCAUAAUAUGUAAAUAUUCUACCUAUUCUAACUUAAUAUAUUAAAUGAAGAACAAAAUAUAGCAGUCAUCAUUUCUCGUUCCUCUUACUCGUAAACAUUAGGCAGGACAGGAUGUUUUGUAUGAAGAAGAGAACAUGUUUGUUAUAAAAUGUUUCCUUAUAUUGUAACGUUUCAAAACAAACUGAAAGGUGUUAUAAUACAAUAUACGCAAAAUUCUAGGCGUUAUUUUUACAAUUCAUUAUUCCCUUUCUGUUUUUUUUUGCAUUCCCUCGCCUUUUGAAAUUUUCAUCAGCAUAAAAAUUUCACAUUUCUUCCUGAGAGACCAGAUUUCUGUCGAAUGGUUUCCGAUAGCGAUAAAUGCUUUUUUUUUCUUACAAAAGUUAAAGUCGGAUGAACCUUCCAUCAUCAGGGAAGGAUCAAAAUCGAAGAUUUCCUUUUUUUUCAAUCUGCAGUAAAAUAGCGACUUUAUUACUAUAGGCCUACUUCUUUCUUUCGCUCGGAGAUCACAAAGCAUUUUCAAAAACAUCGUAAAAUGCUACAGUAAAACAUGCAUACACACAUUUAACAUGAUUCGCGUAUUAGGAACCUAUUUUUAAGAAUCUAAAAUGACGAUAAAAAUACACGUGGCGCACAUAGCGGAUUAUUAAAUGCAAUUGGAACGAUCAUCAAGAUAUGAAUGCGCAAACGGAUGCAAAGUUGCCAGCAUUUUCGCGUUGUAUUAAAAGAUUCUUCGCCUGCCCGUAUUUUUCUCAGAGCUUCUCGUACAUUUUUCUAUACGUUUGCGAUGCGUUUCUAUUCGUUUGUCAAUGUCAAAAAUAAUGAGUACUUUCGUAGUGCAUCACUUAUUAUUAUUACGAUAAGGCAUGUCUGGUACAAUUUUUGUACUUUUGUUCGCACGAUAAAAGGAUCAUACUGUUAUCACAGCGAACGUGUCUACAUGCUAAGAUGCGCUUCAAUCGGGUUGUGCGUCGAUAGGGGUAAUAAUUUUUUGUGCAGGCAGUUUUGCAUCUCGCGCGACCUGAUUUGCAAAUAAAAAAAAAUUAUAAACGUUAAUAGCUGCUAAUAGCUGUUAAAAUAACUAUCGCGAAAAAAAUAGCGGAAAGAUGAAGGUCCCCAGUAAACAUCACCUAAAAACUCAACAAUGUAAUUUAUGUAACACAAAUGUUACAUUAUGUUGUUGAGUUUGAAAUUAUAACACUGAUGUCAUGUUACUUUAAUUGAUGUUUGCUGAGUCUCUAUCGCUCCGAGAUAUUUGUGAAAAUGCAGGACUCCGCGUCUUUUAAUGUUUCUGAUCGUUAACUGUAACCCUGGAUCGCAUCAUUAUCUUUUUUUUUUACACACUCAUACUUUUCUUUCGUUAAUACUAAGACGUGCGCAAGUUACUUUGUCUCUUAACUUGUCAUUAGACCGAUUUUAGAGACGGACGCCGAAGCAGAGAUUAAUGUCGAACAAUAUUUGCAAUACACAUUCGCGGAAUACUGAAGGAGCACGAAUUUAUAAUUUAUAUACUCUAUUUAUAUAGUCCCUGAUUCUGUUUAAAGAUGCGUCUCGCAUUAAGUUCCUUCGGUAUACCAGCCCUAAAUUCGGUCAUAAGCGUUGAUACAAACUGAGCUGCUUCUUCUCCCUAUCUCGAUCAAGUACAGUCAGACAUUAUAAAAAUCUAAUCAGGCUUUUUCAAAAGAUGAUACUACAAAAAAAAGGAGAAGAAAACAAUAAAAACUCGUCGAAUAUUGAAUAUACCUUAUCAUACGAUUUCUCGUUAUCAAAUAAUAUACGGGUUUCAUCUUUUCUUCUUCUUGUUUCAUACGCAAUAUAAGUGUAUCGUUAAUUUCUCGAUUUAUAACUAUCAUAUUUAUAUUCUCACAAAGUUUGAGUUAAUAUUAAUUUAUAUAUGAGUCCUAUACAUAUAUGUAUAACAAAAAAUCUCGUCGAUCGACCUAUCCAUCCACCGCGCGAAAACUGGAAGUGCGUGCCUCUCACAAACUCUCGAAAGGAAAAAAGAAUAACCUCGAAAUUGGAAUUAAUUAUUAAUUCGGAAUAGAAUGCGAAUAUUCUAGAUGUUUUUUUCUCAGUCUCGACAUAUCUUUUUCCUGCCAUUCGUGAAUAGUUCUCUCACACAGUUCUAACAUCCUAAAUUCUUACACUUGAAAUAGAAAGCUCAGCUAAUACGAGUCAAUUUACAGGUAUUGGAACGUAUAGAACAAGUUUUUUUUUCUCCUUUAGUUAAGUAGACU